AUGACGAGAAGAAUCCAUCGACGAUGGAGGCACAUGGCGCAGGCCGAGGCGCCUCCGGAGACGCCGGCCCAGAAGGCCGAGAGGGCCCGGCAGGAACAAGCCGCCGCCCACCACAAGGCGGUCAUGAAGCUCGCCAAGAAGGUGGGACGCCAGACGAGGGGGUUUACCCAGGUCAAGAUCACGGACCUGUGGAAACACAUUGACGAGACGACCGAAGAGAGCCUAUACAUGCCCUAUAUCCGGCAUGUCUUCUACAAGGUGACUCUCCGCCGGAGUCGCAUGGGCGGCUCGUUGAAGCAACGGAGGGCUGCCGUCCUCAAGAAGUGGGACCGCGCGUUGGCCAGGUUCAGAGAGCUGGCGGACAAGCAGCAGCAGGAGAAGAACCCCAAGCUGAGGGAACUCAUCCAGACCUUCGUCUCAGUCCACAUUUCCAACAACAUCCCCAACAUCCCCAGAAACAAUAUCCCCAGCAACAACAUCACUAGCGACAACAUCACUAGUAACCUUACUGGCGAGAACUAUAACCAUGCUCACACAGAUCAGAGCCAGUGGUUUGGUCUUGACGGGGCUAACGACCACACUGACGACCUGACUGGCGAGGACUAUGACCAUGCCGACACGGAUCAGAGCUGGUUGUUUGGUUUUGACGGGACUGACGACGAGUAUAGACCUUCCGACGAGGAAGAUACUCCUGUCUCCACGUCUCACGCCAAGCUGCCCAUCAUGCCUUCCCCUUCCAAGGCCAAGCCAAGCGGCGACGAGCCCGACACGGACAGCGAGCCUGCCCAUGUCCAUGAGGACGACGAGCCGUCCGCCUCGGCCUCGUGGACAGACCCGCUCCACGGCGUCGCCGCCAACCUCUCUGCCGACGGGGAGGACGCUGGUAGCGACCGCACAGCAACGAAGCCGUUUGACUUCCGCCGGGGUCCUCUCGACCACUCGGCGGCCCUGAUACAACAACGCGCAAUAGAAGGGCGCAUCAAGAUCGGUCUUGGUCUUGAGACCGAGCAGGCCGUGGACAGGCUAUACCCAGGCGCCAGGCAGCUACGCCACGAGGACCUCGACACCCUCAGCCCGGGCCACACGGACUCGGACCAUGUUGCGUCGCUGCACAAUCUGUACGUUGACCUGUGCAGGCGCAUGUGGGUAGAGACCGACGGCCUGAUCCACGGCAUGCUCCUGAGCCUCUUCGGCCGCGACGACGUGUACAUCCCGUACCUCGAGCUCCAGGUCAACGAGCACACCAAUCCAGGGCAGUAUGAAGACGACCAUUUCCCACAGGAGGGAAGGGAACGCCGAUACCACGUCCUACCGGUCAACACUGGCAACAACCACUUUGUUGUCGUGAUUGGUGACCGCCAAGAGAACAGGGCGUGCUUUUUUGACGGCUACCACCAGGGCGACCCUAUCCAGCGGGACGAGGUCCUGCGCCGCGUCAAGGAGCACUACGAGGCCUUCCUCGGGUUGAUCGGAGCGCCGAGGAUCGAGCUGCGGUACGGCCGCGCGCCCGACCAGCCCGACGACGUCUCGAGCGGGCUGAUCGCGCUCGAGGUGGUGCGGUACGUCUUCCGCGAGCUGGGCGGAGACCUGGCCACGGCCGAGGAGCAGGACUUCAUCCUUACCAACGCCGUCACCAGAACCGUGGGCAGGGAACCGUGGGCCGGCGGGAGCGACGAGGAGCUCAUCGGGGUGCUGCUGCAGGCGUGGCUCCUCUGGAUCGAGAGGGAGCUCGGCGGCGACGGGUCGAGGCGCGCCCUCGCCGGCGAGCUGCUCGACGCCGACGAGCCCCGCGGCACAGCCCGGCCGUGCGUCUACAAGAAGGGCGUCAGGCUCAGUGAAGGACAUCUGCCGACCUCCGACACACAGUUCUUUGCGGCAUUCCCGAAGGACAUGGUCGAGCGCUGGACGAGCCUCUGUCGGAGGAAUCCCCAUUUUGCUGACAUGGCGCUCGUGACGGCUGGUCUCGCGACCGCCGAGGAGAACGUUAAGCGCCACGAAGACUUCUCCCACGCGUACAAGGGGAGAUAUGGACAGCAUGACGUCCAAUCCCUCGGGCAGGACGACAGGCACGCUGACCUCCCCUCCCAACAUGUCUUUGACGACCUCACCGGCCUGCCCCUGGCCGAUCGCGGCCCCUACUCCAUGGCGCCUGAUGCUAACCUCCAAUACGUCGUCUGCAAGGACGGGGGGGAGACAACGUACGCCCGCCACGCGGAUAACAACCUCACAGCCAUCGCCACGUGUACCAACUGGUUAAAGGGGAGCCAAUUCACAAACCAGGACCUUGCCGCCGCGGCCCUCCUGCUGCGGCGGCUCCACGACCUGGACACCCCUUGGCCGCAGCGGAAACAAGAGGUACAGUUCGCGCUCAACUGCCUCGACAACCUCGCCGGGGCCCGGCUGGUGGACGCGUGCCGCAGCAACGACCACAGGUUUGAGAAUCGCUGUCAGGUGUGGAAGGGCCAAGGGGAGGACGACCUGAAGGCGUCUGACUACUUCUGGGCGCGGCCAGAAGGGGACAAUGAAUAUAUGACAACGUUGGUGGAGGAGCGGAUGAGCCAAGAAAAAGUCACCCAACGCGCAGGGGUCUUUUUCUCCCUCGGCCUCGAGCGUUGGCUCGGAACCACAGACAGGGCGUUUGCGCGGGGAAAAGAGCGGAGGGGAGAAUACGAAGGCCUGCAAGAGGAGAUGUGGGCAGUGGCUGACGGGAAGGGGCUGACGCGACGCGAGUUUGAAUUUUUCUUCCUGCUGCAUGGGGUGUACUUCCCAUUCCACAUCAGCGCACGGAAGUACCUGCUACGAAAGGAGCACUGGACGAUCGCGCACCUUGUCGCUCUCGCCCGAGACGAGGUGGAAGGGGGCCUAAGGUAUUGUAAUAAGGCGGCAAUCGCGAAGGGUCUCGGCGAGGAUGAUCUGUACAAGGCCGAGAACUGGGCGCGGGUCAUAUUCCCCAUGUUCCUCAGUGCCCUGGACAAGCUCAUAGAGGUGAAGAAGGAGCUCAGGGACAGGUGGCAGAGCAAGAAGUGGCCGCCGCCCGGGCCCGGCGUCUGGGACGAUGUCUUCAUGGACGAGGCGGCGCACCUCCUGACCGACGACUUGGGUGUCCCGAUCCUGCCGUUCCAGUACCACAUCCUGCGAUGCACGCAUGAGAAGCGGUUCGACCCGCAGGACAUCAUGCUGUCCGGGUACGAGGUCGGCCCCAACGGCAUGCCCUUUGACAGCGCGGGGCCCUUCACCCACCCCGAACCUUUCCACCUGAUGCGCUCCUUUGUCCCCUGGGCCAGGACCAUGAUGUUCUCGUCCUACCUGACAAACAUGAUCAGGGGGAAGGAGCACUGCUCGCUCUGGGAGGGGAGCAGGGCGCUUCUGCUGAGCAUCCCGCCGGACGGGCCGAUGUCCACGCUGCACAGGUCCCUCGGCGAGAAGCCGUGGGCCGCGGCGGACCCCGAGGCGUGCAGGGGGGCCCCGCCUGGUCCCACGUUUAGCAUCGACAUGCCCCGGCCGAGCGCCGACGACCUCGUCCUCCGCCCGCGCGGCUCCCGGCGUGGCAUCCGCCUCAGCUGCCCCGAGUGCCAGGGCGCAGAGUCCCAGGACCUGACCCCAGGCGGGCUCCUCCACCACUACCUCGUGGAGCACAGCCUGCUUGGGCGGCACAAGUGUGAACACUGCGGGCUGACGUGUUUCGACGGCGAGGUCCUCAAGUUCCACCGCCUCCUCUGCUUCAUGGACCCGGUACACCUACAGCAGGCGUUUGCAUACUACCAAGACUUUGGCCACCACGUGGAUGGCGGCGAGGGUUGUCUGUUUCCUACUGGCGAGAAGAGGUGCUAUGAAAUACAUAACCUCAAGAAGCACCGCAAGAUAUGUGGCAAGUCAAUUGCGAAACGCCUAGACGACCAGUUCUGUUGCAUAUGUGGCCUGGCCUGUUCCCACAGACAUGACGACAUCGUGAGGCAUCAGAGCUCUGAGCCGCACAAGAAGCAGAUGGCCUACGAAAACGACCCCUCCACUGCUGGAGACCUAGCGCCCUGCAAAAAGUGCGGGAUCUUGUUGGGCGCCACACCCGCCACGAACGGACUACACGAAAAAUUUUGCAAGAUGAAGCAAAUGAUCAGGGCCGACCCUGGCAGGCUCAAGAUUGUCGAAGACGGGGCGGCGGCGCGCAGGGACCAGGACAAAAUGCUCAAGCAUUUCCGGGCCGAGGCUAAGGGGCUGGCGGGUCCUCUUAUGAAGGUGAUCGCCGAGCACGCCCCGCCAGGGCCUCUCCCGGGGGCUGGUGUCUGCCGGGUGUGUCUCCAAAAGCAGAGCCCCACCAGUAUUGACAAGAACAAGCGUAGGCACGAGGGUCUACCCAUACACACCACAGCCCACAAACUGCUCAAACGCCUCUAUGACGAUGUCCCCGAAGACGACAAGAAGCCGGCGGACAGGAAGCGGCUCGCCGAGCUGCUCUCUGGUCUGCAGGCAGUCUACCACGGCGGGACAGCACUGCCGCCGGGGCUGCUCGACAGGCUGUUCAAAGUCCACAUCCCGCGGGACGUCAGCACCGAGGAUUUUCAGAAACUGGUCAUCAAAAACAAGUACCUCACGGCCACCUUUCCACGUCAGUGGAAGAAGUCCGACCCUAGCACCAUGCUGCGGAUACUCGGUGUCGGCCCGACCCAGAAGCCUGGCAAGCUCGACUGUGUGGACUGCUGCUUGUUUGGCCUUCACAGAUCUCCGGGUGAGGCAGCCAUUUCUUCACACACGUCUGAGAUCAACCACCUUGGAGCUCACGGGUUCAUUGACGGCAUGCUGGAGCUUAUGGGCCCCGGUAAGAGCCGGUUUGAUGCGGUCCUGGAGGUGCAGAGGAGGUACCGGGACAGCGACUCUGAUCCGGACAGCCCCAGGAAGCCACCUCGCAAGAAGGCUAAGCUGGCGGCGGCAUCUCCGCGGGGCAAGAAGGCGACCCCGAAGGCUAGCUUCCAGGCCAAUAGGCCAGCAAGAAAUACCCGCGGCCGCAACAAGGGGAAAGCGGCGACGGGAAAGUCGGUGGGUGUGCAGGCUGCUCGUCCUGAUAUCAGAGCGUUCUUCACGACCAAGCCCCAACCGAAAGCCAAACAAGACCAGGCUAGCAGGGAGGACGAUGGUGGGGAUGGUGAGGGUAAUGGUGAUCUAAUGGAUCUGGACAAUUAG